UCUUUGAGCCUAGUCUGAAAUUCUGCCGAGUCGAUGAUUGUCCGUGGCUGACAGGAGGUCUCACGUGCAUGGUCCGAUUUACCUCUACUGUUCUCCCCCGUUGCGGCCGCGGUGAAGUGGCUUCAUUCAUUCCAGCACCGUCUUCUUUUCUCUUCAUCCUCCUUCCCUCUUUCUCCAUUCCACAUCUUCCAGGCUGACAGCUGACUCUACUCCUCGCGCACUUCUUUAUUGACCUUCUAAUCUUUCUGACCCCGUCUUCCCAGUCGAUGGGCUCUAGAUUUUUUUCAACCUCUUUUAGUGUCGCGUCGCAACUUACUCGGAGUCCAUGACAUCGCCCGGAGAUGCUGCUCCGGUCAAGCCUCCGCCGUCGUUCUCGCCCGGCGUUCCGCGUGUCGCUUCCAAGACGAGGUAUCCAAACCAGCGCCGCGACUCUUCUCCGUCUCUAGAUGCAGAUCUUGCUGAGUCCAGGGUCGCAUCCCCGACCCCGCCUCUUUCCGCCACGACGUCAGAAUUGCCAAUUCGAUCAGCAUCACCGCGGACACCGUCCUUUCGAUCGUCAACACCCCAAUUGGCCCGGUCAUCCCUCGGCUCUCCAGUAGAAGGACGGUUUGAAGGCUCCGAGGAGAUACGCUCGCUGAUCAUACGCUCGUUCUCUCCGGUAGUCGGAGUCUAUGCAUCAGCGGACACCGAUGAAUUAGUAAGGCAAAAGGGGUUUGCGGGCGGGUUUUGGCAGUUAAUCCGGCCAUUUGGCGAGAAUAUCCCAGGAAAGCUUGUCAUUCGGGAUAGUGUUGGAGCGAGUCGGAGCUGGGAGGAUUAUGGAGUGCGCUUUGUCGAUCUUGGAAACAAUAAUCAAAGUCCCCCUGAGUCAAGUGGAGGGCGGAGCUCCCCUUUAGCACACGUGGAGGAGGUCUUGGAGAAGCAACUGGGCUCAUUGGACGAUCCGCUGGGCGGGUCUCUAUACCCCAAGGACUUUCUCGGUUUCCCCAGCACAUCACCAUUAUACAAACUAUACCUUCGACAGCUUUUAUCCAUAGCAUCGGCGACACCCCACGAGACUUUUCGACAUCCAGUGGCCUGUGUUAUCGCCAUCAGCUCGCGCAAUAUUGCCCCUCUGGAGACUCUAAGACGACUCUAUGCAGACACCAACAAUGGAGACAAACGGGUGCCUGACUGGAUCCAUCCUGAGUAUCUUCGGUACUACGUCUUAGUGCAUGAUGAGGAUCGCGACGACAUCACAGAGUCUACGAAGCUAUACGAUCAAAUGAAACGCCAUUUCGGGCUUCAUUGUCACCUGCUGAGAUUGCGCAGCAAUCAAUGUGUGGUUACAGAUGAUGACAGUGUUCAAGUACCUGAGUGCGAAUGGCUUUCGCCAUCGGAGCGGUUGCAUGGCUGGGCAGAGCCCUUAGUAGACCUUGAUACGGGUGGGCUUCCGCACGUCUUUGAGUCGGAUAUGAUGGCGAUCAGGGCAUUCGUUCGGGAAUUAGUUGCGCAAUCAGUCGUGCCGUACAUGGAAAACCGAGUGGCGGUAUGGAAUGAUCAAGUAGCCUCUCGCAGACGUGGUAUCAGCGGAAGAUUCAUGUCCAUGUCACGCCGUUGGGCAGGCUUCGGAUCCGGCUCUCGAUCCAGUCUGACCUCUGGUGGAGCCAGUGGCAAUUAUGAUACGGCUCAUGGCUACUACAGAUUUGACGCGCCCGAGGCUGUCCUGCGUAAGAUGGCUGACUUUGCAUUUAUGCUUCGUGAUUGGAAGCUUUCCGCAUCGACGUACGAACUUUUGCGGUCCGAUUACGCGAACGACAAGGCUUGGAAAUAUCACGCGGGUGCCUAUGAGAUGUCGGCUGUGAGCAUGCUCUUGAGUCCAUCUUCCAUGAGUACCAAAGUCAAGAUCGAGGCGAUUGAUCAGAUGCUCGAAACGGCCUCUUAUUCGUACUUAACUCGAUGCUCGGAUGCGCCUAACACUCUACGAUGUCUGACUCUCGCGAUGGAGUUGCUUAAAUCACGGGGUGGCUCGGCGGUAGAGAGCGCGGCUAGAUGGGCCAUGCGGGUCAUGGACCAGGGUCUCGCCGGCUCUAUCGGUCAAGGCCUCUUCAGUGAACGAAUCUCGGCCUGUUAUGCGGCCCGCAAUGCCGUGCCUGGCAUGAAAUGGGGGUCUCGUCGUCGCAAGGCCGGGAUGUGGAGCGUUUUUGCUGCAGAUCUGUGGCUUCGACUGGGAAAACCUGCCCUAGCCUCGGCAGCCUUGGAGGAGGCGGAGCGCUUGUAUGCGGACGUGCUGCAGGGGGAUGGGGCGUUUUCAAUGCCGGAGAUGCAAACUUUUAUCGACAACCUUAGGCAUGCCGUGAAGGUUGAGUAUCUCGAGGCUCGAGGCCUGGAUACUAGGGACGAGACAGCCACCGCAGCAGCUCUGGGAACCGAAGAGACGAGCGAGCAGCUGGAUCGACGGAAGAAUAGGAAGUCCCUAAUUGUGAAUCCUCUGGACUCCGGACUUAGCCCGACACAGGGUAUGAGGGAUAAUGACAAUGCAGCCGAUGAUGACUUUGAACGAGCUUAGGGACGGAAUGAAAAGGCCGGAUAGGCGCAUGGAAGGUUAUACAUCAUUAUAGACACUCGUCAAAUCUAAUGCUUC